UCACUUGUUUGUCUAGGUCAGACUCGGUUAUGUACAGGCCGAUGUCACAGAGCUGGAAUAUUGACGAGUGCGACGCCGAGCAACAAACACACCUUGCGGAACAAAAUGUAAGAGACGGGUCACGUUUGAAGACAGUGUGUGAAGAUUAUCACUUUCAUCCAGUGCAACAGGAGGUUAAGUAUACUAUCACUCUGUAACCUCACAAGGAGCUACGCCUGAUUAUUUGGGUGGUUUGUGCCAGAUUGUCAGUGUUGGACCAGGAGCGGCACAAUGGGAGGAGGUAGAGCCCGCGGGAAGGAUGAGAGGUUGGCCGUGCCGGCCAUGCCGAUGCCUCUCGCUGUCGUCUGCUGUGUCCUCAACUUCCUCGUACCUGGCCUAGGGACAGUUGUAGCUGGUUCCUCGUCGUUCUGCUGUGCACGGAACGAAGACAUGGACGGCUCUUCCAGAUGCGGAUCCUGUUGCAUCGGUCUUGGAAUAGGAUUCCUGCAACUUCUGACAACAGUGACUUGUCUCAUCGGCUGGGUGUGGAGCUGUGUGUGGGGCGUCUUCAUGAUAGUCAUGUCAGCCGAGUACUACCACAACAAUCCACCAGACGGUCAAGGACAUCCGGGAGGAACCGUCGCCCCUGUGGUCAACCAACCCAUGUCCUAUGGCUAUCAUCCUCCGCCAGUGGCGUACGGUCCAGCAGCGCCUGCGUACAACACCCUGGGACAGUUCCCACCCCCUCCGCAGUACAACACCCCGGGACAGUAUCCACCCCCGCCGCAGUACAACACCCCGGGACAGUACCCACCCCCUCCGCAGUACAAUACCCCGGGACAGUACCCACCCCCUCCGCAGUACAACACCCCGGGACAGUACCCACCACCUCCGCAGUACAACGCCCCAGAACAGUACCCACCCCCUCAGCCGUCCACUCCGCCCCCUCCUUACCCAGGGCUCCCGGAAUCAACGCUUCCAUCAAGCUCUACCAGAUAGAAAGAAUUCUAUCACAUACGGGGGUGUCCUCUCGGGAACAUUCAGAGGUAAUAAUACAUUAUGUCCGCCAGCUGCCAGGAUCCGCUGGUCAAGGUUUCGAAUCCAUGAUCCCUCCUCAUUAUAAUCCUCGGUCAGUUGGCAUCCGAUUCUUGUAUCAUAAAAGCGGUAGUCUCUGGCCUGCGUCUCUUUGGGCUUUCCUAAUUUUAAGCUGAGGGGUUGUGACGGGACUGAGAUGCUUUCAAUGCAUAGGCAACUCUAGAGGGGGUUGGGGGAGGGGUUCCAGGGUGUCCGGACCACCCCGCCUCUUGAAAACCAAAUGUAGUAUGUUGAAGGCAGUAAAACUGACUCAACCCCUUCACGCAUUCUUCAUAAACGCCCCCACAAGACAAUCCUUUAACAUCUCCCAGUCAGAAACAUAUCGAUACCAUUCUACUAAAUUAUGCCGCCAUCAUAUAGCUGGCAUAUUGCUGAGUGCGGCGUUAAACAACAAACCAACCAACCAACCAACUAAAUUAGGAAGUCAUCCUUUUUCAAUUGCAUUGCUUCCCUGUGAAUGUUUCAUGUAAUCAAGCACGGCUAGCAAGACUUGAAACAUGCUCUUACAUCACUACACAUCAAUGUUAGUUCCAUUCAUUUUCUGGUUCGGUUCAGAAACACGGGCUCUUGAUUUUCGCAGUAAGCUUAAGAACGGGUGGUAUUUCAGACAAUUCCAAGUUUUCUUAUCUUUAGGAAGACCUUGCCCAUAACAUGUGAAUAUACACCUCACUAUGGGUCUAGAGGUAAGAAGAUGCGUUCCCAUGGCUACGGCAAAUGCAUCUAUAUGCGUGCAUCCGUGUGUCAGCUUGGUGUGCGAAUAAACUGACAAAAACACAUUUCCAUAAUCAAGCCUCAAGGAUGCUGGUAAGACGUUUACCACUUCCGUGAAACCAACGAGAAUGGGUAUGGCACAGACAGACCUAGAAACAUAAUCAAGACGAACCGGGAUGUCGGACCCAUGAUCUUAAGGUUGUGACACACCAAAGUGACGAAAUUCUGCACAUCAACUUGCGGCCCCUGUUGUAUGACUGUGCCAUCCGUUCCCCUAUAUUUUAUACAAGGUUUGACGUCUUGUACAUAUAUUCGUGUUGCUUGAGAAUUGACAUUUGCUUCACAUGUAACACAACAAAUAUAUAAUCUCACGUGAGUGUCUUUUUAUGUAAAAUACAAGUUGAUAAAAGUUUGAAACUCUGAAGCUAUGUAAAUAUACGAAGGUGACAUUUUAUCUAUCAUCCAGAAUCAUUCUUCCAUCUUGUUCAGUUUGUAAACGGUAAUUACCAGUGUGUUGAGUAUAACAAAUACAGCUUGCCAGCUUCGGUAGCAGAUGGAUUAGUGAUGUCAAUUGAUUGUAACGUCAUGGUAACCGAUGACGUCACAUUGGUUUGCAAGCAUUGUAAAGUCAUUUCAUUGUAGCAAUAUUUCCUAGGAUAUAUCACCCAAGCGAUAUCUCCUUUUAUAUUUGGAAUCCAGUUUUGGUAGAUAAACUAGAACAUCACUCUAAUGGUCUGUGAUUGACAAGAAU